CGAUGCCACCAAAGCGCAAAGACGUCUUGAAGAGUAUCUCCAAGCAAAACAAGCGGCAGCAAAAAACUCCCGAAACUGAGUAUUACUUUCUAGAAGCGGCGAAUGAGCAUGAACACUCUGGGGGCAAAUGGAGAGCCGGCGAUGCAGAGAAAGCCCUGAGGUUCUUUCGGAAGGCGAUUGAUGCAUAUGAUGAAGGGUUGAAAAGAUUUCCGACAUCUUUUGAUCUGGCUUACAACAAGGCAAAUCUCGAAUAUCAAUUGACCCAAGAUGCUCGCCUGGCACCGCAGCUGGGCAACAUCUUAGAUCUACUGCAUGAAGCACUGGAGUCACAUCGACUAGCUCUGAAUCUCAAUCCGGACAAUGCGGACGUCCAGUUCAAUAUGGGCCAAGUGCUCACAUCUUUGGCCGAGUCACUCAUCGAGAGUUCCAAAACGGAUACAGAUGCAGAGCCGAAUAAGGCAAUAGCGAAGUCGUUUCUGAAAGACGCCGUCCAAAUGUUCUCCAAAUGUCUUGCCCGGCAGGAACAUGAUUACUCAGAGAUGCAACAGCAGAUCGAGGAAGCAAACGCACAGGAGGCAGACGGAGGUGUGUCAAUCGAUCCAUCUCCGCCAAUCACAGGAGUUGCAUCAGACGCUAUGGAUACAUCAUCGACAUCUUCAGAUGCGCCGGGAGACUGGGCAACGGUCCUCGAACCCGUCACUCCGUCAGACCUCCUCGAAACUGUCGUGGCCCACCUCAAUUCACUAUCAACACUCGUCAGCAUCUCGUUUCCAACUGAUGCAUCAACUCUAGAUCGUCUCUCAGAAAUUGCCACCCCGCUCAUUACCACUAAAAUCCCCCAAUAUAUCUCGCUUCUUCCCGCGCCCUCGAUAGAGUCCCAAAAUACUACAGGGCCCUCUCUCUCCCUCUCCAUCGGCCCCACCGCCUCCUCGGACCCUCAAACACCAAUCCAGGAUGACGCCCUCCUUGCAGCUGCUACCUUCCGCGCAGCUCUGCUUGAAUCCUCCUACCGCAGCGGCCUUCUCCCCUUCGCUACAUACUCCACCCACCUGUCCACUGCCUUCGCUCCACUCACCCCUCCCUCUACAACCGCACUCACCCCAAGCACCGUCAAUACGCUCUCUGCCCACGCUGACGCCCUCAUUGCCUUCGCAUCCGCGCUCAUGGAUACGCUAUCCAGUGAACCAGCUUCCGAGCGUGUCAAGGCACAAGCUACAGCGCUCUCACGAGCGCAGACAUUCCUGGCACGGCUCACAGCACCCGCUUCAGCGGUGAAGCUGCAGCCGGCAAGAGUGGCAGAAAUCUUUCUCGCCAGAGGGGAUUUGGAGCUCUCCCGGUUGCGAAUUACGAGUGAAGCUAACGCGAAGGGCGUGUUAGUUAAGAACGCAGGUGUCUUCUUUCGAGGGGCGAAGGCUUGGGGGGUGCGGGCUGGUGGAGAAACCAAGAUCGCGGAGAUCAAGGCCGCGGUCGCAGAAGUGUUGAAGGCCGAGAUUGAGGGGAAUGGCGAUGGGGUGGUCAGGCUUGAUUGGAGGGAAGGGGAGGUGGAUGAUGUGCUACGGGGAAUGGUCGAGGAGGGAAUAGUGGAUGUGGAUACGGCGGAGAAGGUAAGGGGUGUCAUUCUUGGGAAGUGAAGGUACAGCACCAAGACAUAAGUUUGGGCACUCCCUGCAACUUCUUGGGGUACCCCGAUAGGCUCCCAAAACUCCAAACACGCAUGUAAGCCUAACGUAGUGAAAAUCAGAGUUGCUUUUGGCGAAGUGAAUAACUGCUAGCUGGGGUACUCCUUACAGUAUUGUCGAGCGAGCAAGAGUGGAGCCGGAGCAGCGAUAUAUCCGUCUACCUAAACUUAUGACCAAUUACUGUAGCAGAAUCACAUCAUGGUCGCUUUCACCAGCAAAGUAGCGCUCGGAACAGUCUCUCACUACGGAGAUUGUACGAGCUUUGGAGAAGACGAGGCUGAAUGGCAUCGACACGGUCAUGCUGAUUGACCUUCGCAAGGUCUGUACGAUGCCUUGUCAAAGAGAUCCGUACACUCGUUUACCGCUGCAUGACAAGCUUCGUAGUACUUUCAGCAUUCUGAAUAAGAGAG